AUGAGGGAGCGUCGGAUGAGGGAGCCCCGUCCUUUCCGAUCCCCGUUCACCAUCCAGUCAUACGCCGAACCUCCCUCGCCACACCGCGCCAUACUAGGAAUACCACACGGGCCAUCCAGCGUUUCUUCGUGUGGGGUCGGUCAACUCGAGCGGUCUUACAAUGCCGACGCCGCCGCCCGACGCCGCAACACCAGCACCGCUCCAGUAGCGUCAGCGUCAGCGUCAGCGUCAGCGACGACAGCGAGAGCGGCACAACACGAGCUACAGCACCUUAUGGGGCUGAUACUCGAUGAUGCUCAGCUGAUGCAGAAGGAUUCGGCCCUCAUCCCGCCCAUCCCCCAGUGA